AAAGAAAGAGAAAUUGCGAGGGAGAUGAAAAGACACAAAAAGCGGGCAAAAGUGCAAAAUUAAAAUUUUUUUUUAAUCAAUCAAUUUUAGAGUUGUCUAGAUAGCUGAGCUCUGAAUUCAAAAAUGGAAAACAAAAGCUUCUCUGUCUGUCUCUUCUCUAGUCUUUAGCUUUUCCUUCCCUUCACCUUCCUCCUCUGUCUUAUACUUCUGCUUCAUUUUCCUCAUCAGAAACCCUAAAUCGCCAAAGAUCUCUAGUUAUUCCUCUGUCCGCCGUCCGAAAUCAAAUUUUCCCCGUUGUUUUGGUUUUAGAUUUGACUGAAAUGGUGGUUCAGCCGUUGCAUUGUGUCGAUAACGGUGAGCUUGGCUCCGUUGUUGAAACUGAAAAGAAGAGUCCCAAGGGGAAAGUUGAGCAGGUAGUUUCUUCUCAAAGGAGGACGAGCGCGAGGAUUCAGGCGACAAAGCAGAGAGCCGAGAAGGAGGAAUUGGUGAGGAAAAGAGUAGAGCUGUUGGAUGAGAACGAGGGAGGAAGUAAGAAGAGGACUAGUGUGUACAGUAGAAGAAGGGUAAAUGUAGAGAAUGUGAGUGAGGUUGUUGAGGAGAUGAAUGAGAGUGAAGUUUUUGUGUCUAGUGAAGUGGACAAGCCUGAGAGUGAAGUGGUCAAGUCUGCAGGUGAAGUAGUGAAAGCAAAUUUUGGUGGGCAAAAUGGAGUUGUCGGUGGUGAGGGAGGUGGAGGUGGUGCCACAGAGAAGAGCGUAUUUGCUAGGGUUAAGGAAACUCUGAGGUUGUUUAACAAGCAUUAUCUCCAUUUUGUACAGGAAGAGGAGAAGAGGUGCCAAAAAGAAGAAGAUAAUAAAAAGUCUUCCAAAAGUUCAAAAUCAAAGAAAAGAAAUGCAAUUGAAGCUGACGCUAAGAAAAAGGCCAAGCGUCCUGAUUUAAAGGCAAUAUCUAAGAUGAUCGAAAGUAAUGCUGUAAUGUACCCAGAGAAAAGAAUUGGUAACCUUCCAGGUAUCAAUGUUGGACAUCGAUUCUAUUCAAGGGCUGAAAUGGUUGCUGUUGGUUUCCAUAGCCACUGGCUGAAUGGGAUUGAUUACAUGGGCAUGUCCUACAGCAAGGAGUAUGGUAACUAUACAUUACCUCUUGCGGUAGCAAUUGUUUUGUCAGGAAUGUAUGAGGAUGAUCUGGAUAAUGCAGAUGAUGUUGUUUAUACUGGUCAAGGUGGGCAUGAUUUAACUGGAAAUAAACGUCAAAUACGGGACCAAGUUAUGGAGCGUGGAAAUUUAGCACUCAAGAAUUGUGUGGAGCAACGUGUGCCUGUGCGAGUUAUUCGUGGCCAUGAAUCUGCCAGCAGCUACAGUGGCAAGCUUUACACGUAUGAUGGUUUGUACAAGGUUGUUCAAUAUUGGGCAGAAAAAGGCAUAUCUGGUUUUACUGUGUUUAAGUAUCGGCUGAGGCGACUGGAAGGACAGCCGACAUUGACCACUAACCAGGUCCAAUUUGUUUAUGGGCGUGUUCCCCAAUCAAUUUCUGAAAUUAGAGGGUUGGUAUGUGAGGACAUUAGUGGGGGUGAAGAGUAUGUCCCUAUUCCAGCUACAAAUUUGGUUGAUGAUCCUCCUGUUCCACCAACAGGUUUCACAUACAGCAAGGCUAUACAAGUUGCGAAGAACAUUAAGAUCCCAACCAAUGCUUCUGGCUGCAACUGCGAUGGAGCUUGUGUGGAUCCUCAGACAUGUGCUUGUGCAAAGCUUAAUGGCUGUGAUUUUCCCUAUGUGCAUCGGGAUGGUGGCAGGCUUAUUGAAGCCAAGGAUAUUGUUUUUGAGUGUGGUCCAAAUUGUGGCUGUGGACCUCAUUGUGUCAAUCGGACAUCUCAAAGAGGAUUGAAGUAUCGUUUUGAGGUUUUUCGUACCCCAAAAAAAGGUUGGGCUGUUCGAUCGUGGGAUUUCAUACCUUCUGGGGCACCAGUCUGCGAGUAUGUGGGAGUACUAAUGAAAACAGAAGACUUGGAUAGUGUCUCUGAGAAUAAUUAUAUUUUUGACAUAGACUGCUUGCAGACAAUGAGGGGGAUUGGUGGAAGAGAGAGGCGACUUGGAGAUGUAUCUGUGCCAACAAUUAGCAACACAGAUAGACCUGAGGAUCAAAAGUCAGAAAGUGUGCCAGAAUUCUGUAUUGAUGCAGGUUCCUCGGGAAAUAUGGCCAGGUUCAUUAAUCAUAGUUGUGAGCCUAAUCUGUUUGUUCAGUGUGUUUUGAGCUCACACCAUGAUCUCAAACUUGCUCGGGUAAUGCUAUUUGCAGCGGACAACAUACCCCCUUUGCAGGAGCUUACUUACGACUAUGGCUAUGCCCUCGAUAGUGUCACUGGCCCUGAUGGGAAAAUAAAACAGAUGGCAUGCUACUGUGGUGCAGCGGAUUGUCGGAAGCGCUUGUUCUAGUUGGUCAGUAUUAAGAAAUGUUUGUCUGCUGCUGCUGCUUUUUCUAAACAAGUACUUGCAUUACUGCAAUAACAAUCGGUCGAUCAAGGUAGUACUGGGUGAUAUCUGUUGUAUAUCUGUUCUUUUAAUGAGUAUCUAGAAGCCCUGAU